AGAUCUUUGUUUCUCUUAUUAAGAUUGAAGGAGAAGACUCACUCCCUGUGGCCAUUUCUUUUGGAUAACCAAAAGAAAUACUUAAAUCCUCUGUACAAUUCCAAGUCUCAGAAAUUUACAGUUCUGGAGCCAAAUACAGUCUCUUUCAAUUUUAAGUUUUGGAGAAACAUGUAUCACCAGUUUGACCGAACAUUGCAUCCUAGGCAGUCUGUAUUCAAUAUAAUUCUGAAUAUGAAUGAACAAAAUAAACAAUUAGAGGAAGACAUUGAAGAUCUAGAAUCUAAAAUCAAGCAACGAAAAAAUAAGCAAACGGAUGACAUCAUCCCUAAAGAAUUGUUACAUUCAGUUCAUCCUGAAUCACCUCCCCUCAAAACCUCCCUGUGUCUUAAAGAGCAGACUCUGCUGCCUGUGAGUGAUGCACUUCGAACCAUAGAGGGCAGCAGUCCCGCGGAUAAUCGCUACAGUGACUACGCCGAGGAGUUUUCCAAGUCAGAACCUACUGUGGUCAGCUUAGAGUAUGGCGUGGCAAGAAUGACUUGUUAGUCCUACACUGACUACAGUGCAAGAGGCAGGUGAUGGUGAAGAUGGUCUCUGCAAAUGGCCAAAGGGAUUCAAGUAAUAAUGACCUUGGGGGUUAGCAGUAGGUAAAUAAUUGAAGACAGAAUAAUAACUGUCCUUGUUGUGAGAGAAAGAAGUCAGGUUUGAUUACAUCUCUUUAGCAAGGAGAAUGACCAUCAGUUCUGUAAGAAAUGAGUGUUAUUUGGCAAGUUUCCUCAAAACGCAAUUUGCACAGUACACUAGAUGACAUUUCUGUAUUGUUUCUGUGUUAAUUACAGCCAAACAUGAAUAGCUUUCCUUAAGUAUAUUUUAACUUUUAGAAAGCAAACCAGACAAAAUGAUCCCUAUCUAAUUAUUGUCAUGGCAUGUACUUCUAAUUAUGUGACUGUGUAACUGAAUAGUGACAUGUUUUGCCUUUUAGUGAUGUGAAUUUUGAAGUGCCACGAAAAAUAUUUCUAAAGAGGGCCUUAAGAUAAAUUCUCAGUGUAUUCUUUACCCUUCAGUUUGAAAACCUACUAGAAGAUAUUUUGUUACUCUUCUGGGCAGCCUUAUUUUGUGGGUGCAGAAUUAACACUGUCAUUACUUCAGGGGCCACACACUGCGUUCUCUGGCAUCCACAGUUGCACAAGUUGUACAUUUAUUUAACCCCACUUCCAGAUUCAAAGGAACGAAAUGGAAGGUUUUGUUGGAUUGUAAUGGGCUUGAUGGUUUAUUUACAGCUUAGAUUAUUGACACAUAUAAGCACACUGAUUUUUAAAAUAUAGAUUACUGCAUCCUAUUGACUCAUUUUGUGGUUGUCUUUAAUCUUUUAAUAAUGGUGUAGGUAUGAAGAGCUCUUAAGCUUUUUGUUCCUGAAGCAGUGAAUAGUACAUACAUGUAUUUUUAUUUAAAUGCCCUUUAUCUCCCAAUAUAUUGGUAGUCUUCCCACAUUGAGCUUUUGGUAUGCCGAAAAACUUUUAAGUUAAAAGGGAAGUACAGAUAGUUCCAAUUUUGCUUAGUUGCAUAAAUCUUGAAGCAGUAAUUUUUAAGUGGAACAUUUUUGUUUCUUCUCUGUUAAAUAUAGAAGGAAAACUAAGGAGAGCCUAGUUAGUUUAACAAAAGCAGCUUGGGAAGGGUUUAAUUUCACCUUGGUAUUUUCACACUCUUUACUAAUCCAUAUCUUUAUAUUAACAGUAAAGAAGUCAAUUGGCAAUAGCAGUGUUACCCAGCUAACUUUACAACUCAAGAGUUUGGGCAUUGUGGCUGUACAAUUCAAGAAACUCUGAAAUCUGCUCAGAUUGCUCAAGUGACUCUUUAUUCCACCCAUCUCUGUUAUAGUAGUUUUGACCACACCCAGCGUUUCCAUAUGAAUGCAGCCAAUGUUAUAUGUGACCUUCUCUAAUUUGUUUAUUUUUUCAGCUCAUUUCUAUAAUACCUUAUGUAAUAAGGAAACGGUUCUGCUUCUUAAACUGUAACAGAAAUGUGCUAUAAAAUAUAGUAAGCAAAUAACAAAUCUUAUUUCCUAGAAAAGGAAUAACCACAAAGGGAAGCUUUCGUGCCUUGGUUCUAGUCACAUUGUGUUUUAGAAUCUUCAUGGCAGACUUCUUGUAUUCAGCUCAUCAGUUACCUUAAUCUUCAACUUUAGACAUAUAUUUAUGUGUUUACAUGCCCACACGUGGACUGAAAAAUCAGCAUCCUAAGUGACCUACAAGGUUUAUGUUGGCAAAAAGCAAUGUCUUAUAAAAUUGGAUUUGUGUUCAUUGUGUCUUGGAAUGUAUAGCAUGUAAAUUAUUUCAUGUAUUAUUUAAAAGAAAUUAAAUGUUCAUGUUUCA